CUGUGGCGGCGGGGUGGGGUGCGCGGGCGGGUCGGCAUGGAGCCCGCGGAAGGGCCUGGCGCAUUGGACUUCCAUGGCGACGAGGAGAUCAUCGAGGUGGUGGAGCUGGGCCCGCCCGGGCCGGAUGACCUGGCCGCAGAGAUGGAGGACGUGGACUUUGAGGACGAGGGAGCAGAAGAGCCCGACGGUGAGGCCUGGGAGACGGAGGAUGAUGAGGGGUUGGAGGACGGCAUGGAAGCACAGGAUGACAGUGAGGUCACGUUCUCGAUGCACUCAGCCUCAGUGUUCUGUGUGAGCCUCGACCCAAAGACCAACACACUGGCGGUGACGGGUGGGGAAGAUGAUAAAGCUUUCGUGUGGCGCCUGAGUGAUGGAGAGCUCCUGUUUGAGUGCACAGGACACAAGGACUCAGUCACCUGUGCUGGCUUCAGUCAUGACUCUGUGUUUGUGGCCACGGGUGACAUGUCUGGCCUUAUCAAAGUGUGGCGGGUGGACACCAAGGAAGAAGUGUGGUCCUUUGAAGUGGGGGACCUGGAGUGGAUGGAGUGGCACCCUCAGGCCCAUGUCCUUCUGGCAGGCACAGCUGAUGGCAAUUCCUGGAUGUGGAAGAUCCCCAGUGGAGACUGUAAAACCUUCCAGGGCCCUGCAUGCCCUGCCACGUGUGGCAAGAUCUUGCCUGACGGGAAACGAGCUGUAGUGGGAUACGAGGAUGGGACCAUGCGCAUCUGGGAUCUGAAGCAGGGAACCUCACUGCACGUCCUGAAAGGCCAGGAUGGCCACCAGGACCCCUUAACAUGUGUGGCCAGUAACCAGGAUGGCAGUUUGAUCCUGACAGGCUCAGUGGACUGCCACGCCAAGCUGGUCAAUUCUGCCACGGGCAAGGUGGUGUGCGUGUUCAAGAUGGAGAGCGUGGCUCCCAAGGCCACUGCAAGUGAAGGCGAGGAGGCAGAGUCCAAUUCAGUGGAAUCGCUGGGCUUCUGUAAUGUGAUGCCGCUGGCUGCAGUGGGCUACUUGGAUGGUACACUGGCUAUCUACGAUCUCUCCACACAGAGCUUGAGGCAUAAAUGCCAACACGAGUCAGGAAUUGUGCAGUUGCUGUGGGAGGAGAACUCUGCUGUGGUGUACACCUGCAGCCUGGAUGGGGCUGUGCGGCUCUGGGAUGCCCGCUCAGGGAAGAUGAUCAGCGAGUACCGAGGGCACUCUGCUGAAAUCCUCGACUUCACUGUCAACAAGGAUGCCUCCAUUGUGGUGACGACCUCCGGCGACCACCAAGCCAAAGUUUUCUGCGUGCAGCGCCCUGAUCGCUAGGGUCAGUGCUGAGGGUGGUGGCCUGGCUCUGCUAGGCAGCUCGUGUACAGCGGGACAGGGGAGAUGGGUUUCACCACCCUUCUCCAGUGCGUGCUUUGUAAUUUUUCAGCCUGCCCUACUUUGCCCUCACAAGUUGGGGGCUGAGUCUGGGGUUUUGUAUGAAAAUGUCUUAUAAUUAUAUAUAAAUUAUUUCACUUA